ACGAGAAAAAAAUGAACAUAAAACGUAGAAAACAGUCAGUCAGUCAUUAUUCGUUGUGCAAGAUUGAAAGAGUUUUUGUCGGUUAGAUGCGUUUAUUGCUUCUUGUUUACUGCAUUGGUCAGUUUUGAUUAAUAAAAUAUUACGUCCGAAAUAGAGUAGCGUUCGAAGCGACCGUGAAAGAUGUUAUCUUUUUUCCGUAAGAAAAGUUCAGGCGAUGUGAGUGCUGCUUCAAGCUCGUGCAGCGAAAGCCUCAAUCGGGAAGUCGCACCAUCUCCUUCCUUAUCACAGCUCGGUUACCGCGACGCCAAUGACUUGAAGGAAACCAUUUAUGAUUUUCUGCGAACUAUACGUGAUCCCGAGAAGCCCAACACCCUGGAGGAUCUGAAAGUGGUGUAUGAGGAUGGUAUAUUCGUGCAAGAGCCUACCGAAGGUAAUGUGUUUGUGGUUCGGAUCGAAUUCAACCCAACAGUGCCACAUUGCUCGCUAGCAACACUUAUCGGAUUGUGCAUUCGAAUCAAGGUUCAACGAAGUCUUAAUCAUAAUCUCAAGCUGGAUAUUUACAUCAAAAAAGGCGCUCACUCGACGGAAGACGAAAUUAACAAGCAGAUCAACGAUAAGGAACGAAUAGCAGCUGCAAUGGAGAAUCCCAAUUUACGGCAGCUGGUUGAGAACUGCAUCAAAGAGGAAGAUUGAUUUAUUAAUCCAAGGUACGCACAUUUUCACGCGGAAUUGUAUAGUCGGGCUCAAAUUGUGAACAAAUUGCUGACUGUUGCGGUGCGACAAAGGUGCUUUCAAGGCAUCCUAUUUUGCAGGUAUUGGAACAAAACUAUUUAGGUAUUUUAUAGCAAUCUUUUAGAAUGAUUUAAUAAAUAAACUAAUGUUAUGAAUCGUUUUUAAUUGAA